CUUCAAUGGCCGAUUCCUCCCUAUCAUACAUCAACCGCACAAAGACAAGGCUAUGGAAUGGUAUCGUGAACUUAUAGAGAAACUGAGAAAAGACAAGGAACCAAAAGAAGACAAGGGGGAGAAGAGAAAAAAAUCAUCUCAACAAAGGCAAUCAGAUGAUGCGGGUGGAAGUUCUAUACCAAGUGAAGCUACUGGAAAAAGGGCUGAGGUAGGGGCCUCCCAUCACCAUCAAGACAGCACGGUGAAGAAGUCACCUCAACAAGCACACUCUGUGGCUGCUGAAAGUUCUGAAUCAACAACUGGAAUAUUAACUACUGGAAAAAGGGCAGACGCAGUGGGCUCCCAUCACAGUGAUGGCGGAGAAGUAGCGGUGCCUGAUCAAGACAGCAGGGUGAAGAAGUCACCUCAACAAGCACACUCUGUUGAUGGGGCUGCUGAAAGUCCUGAAUCAACAAUUGGAAUAUUAACUCCUGGAAAUGAAGCAGAGGUUAAGUCAGAUAAAGAAACAACAGAUGAAGAUGAAAGAGCAGCAGUGCACUCUGCUGAUGGAGCUGCUGAAAGUUGUGAAUCAAAAAUUGGAAUAUUAACUACUGGAAAUGAAGCACAGGUUAAGUCAGAUAAAGAAACACCAGAUGAAGAUGAAAGAGCGGCAGUGGGUAACAUUUCUGGAAGUCAAGAUGGUGUGCCUAAGGGUGAUGCUUCUGAUUUCUUGAACUUUUUGGAUAAGUUUAAAGACAAUGGUUGCUCGGAUCAUUACAUGGGCUGGUGGUGUAUAUGGCCCGGCGGCCAUUGA